UUUUUACCCCUAUCAAGUGACGUCGACGGUGAAUCCUCUACCAACUAUUCUUCAAUAAAUUUAUACUUAUCUGAACCUAUACUUAUUUGUCCUCCACACGGUAUCACGUACCCCUCGAUGACUACCCCGGGCGCCUGCCUCGUGGCAGAAAUUUAUUCCGAUCGUCCAAAUACGGAAAACCGCUGCAAGCCAAAUUCUUUUCAGUCAAGUUGCCAAUCGCAAAAGCUUGUACCUGAUCCCAGGCCUGAUAAAACUCCAGAAUCGAGUUUACAUACUUAAAAAUUACACCCACUGUUAUUGUGAAAGAAAAAAAAGUUGACUGUCUGGCAGCUAUAGAAUCCGCUCAGAGGCACAGACAUCUCCACUCUUAAGGGCACAGACUCAUUCCAUGGUCCUUGACAUGUCGAAGAAAAUCCCCGAACGCCGGACCAAGCCAUGUCAACACUGCAAAAAGUCAAAGGUUAAGUGUGUCUAUGCAGAUACGCUUCCAUGUGAGAGAUGUCUUAAGAACAAGCUCGAAUGCUCGUUUGACGGCCCCAUCUCAGACAGCCAUGGCGUGAACCUCCCGCUGAUCAGUAACUUGAGUCUACCGCUGCUCCCUCAUACGUUUCAUUUCCCGAGCACACUUCUGCCACCGGUCAAAACACCAACGCCAGUGCAGAUGCAAGGCCAGCCAAGCCUGGUCUUGAUGUCCAACCAAAACCUGAUUCUGAUUCCCACUCAGCGAAAUCUGGUUCUGAUUCCCACUCAGCAGAAUCCGGGCUUGAAAUCGAACCAGGUCCAGCCAAAUCUGAUCUCCCUUCCCCCCAGCCGAAAUUCCUCCCUUCCUUCUUCUCGAAAUCAUUCCAUCCAAAAUCACCUCCCUCACAUCCCAGUCCCUCUUACAACCCCCCAUCCAACACCUCUCCCAAACUCUCUCCCAAAUUCCCUCCAACAUGCCCUUCCAUCCCAGAGGGUGCCCGCGUACGACUCCGAUGUAUGGAAACACGAAGUUGAACGAAAGUUGGACACGUUUAACGACAAAAUCGACGACUUGGUUGGUAUCAUCCGGUUACAACAGCAACAGAUGGCUCUGUUCCAGGCAGAGCAGCAGCGGAUCUCGUUAGAGACAGUUGACCAGCCACGUUUGUCUCCCAAACGCCGACUCGAGCCCCAGCCCACCCUCACAGAAGAGGAGGAAGCCAGUAUCGAUACGCUUUUCUCCAAGUUCUCGGCCAUGAACAAGAAAAAACGCAAAAUCUCUAAUGGAAACGCGAUAAAGGCUGACGUAGACCUCGAACCGGGGUUGCUCAAGCUUCUGGAGGCCCAAGAGCUCUUCACCUUCUUUGAUAAACACAUUACCCCCCAGCUUUUCGGUUUCCAAAUCCGUAAUUAUGCCGGCCGUACGGCAAUCCUAGAUACCUGGGACAGCUGUCCGUUGCUCAUUGUCUCAAUCUGCUACAUUGCAUCGAUCCACCACCCGAGCUUGUCCUCCCGUUCCUGCGGAUUGCUCGCAAAGCUUGAAAUAUUAGCUGGCCGCUUAAUGUACGAGAUGCCCACGCUGGAGGUGAACAUCUUUGACACGAUUCUCGCGUUGUGUUUAUCGAGCUUUUGGCUCUCGCAGAAGCGGAUGUUUGUCGGAAUUGCGUUGCAAUUGGCGAACCUCAUGGAGCUCAAUGUGAACACGACAGACGGAGGCACGUCUUUUCCCGGGAUCUCAAAAAUUCUCCCGGGAAAGCGCCUGAACGGGGCACGGAUCACCAAGAAAGACAAGCUUAAGUUGUGGUACUUGCUCUACAUCUUGGACGGCCACCAGAGCUUGAUGACCCACAAACAGCCAUUAAUCGACUCAAACGAUUUGACCUUGAUGGGCAGCCAGAAUCUCUUACUCAGCAGUACGGAGACCCAGAUAGAAGAAAACACGACGGAAAACACAAGAGUCGAGGCGAGUGAUGCGUACUUCGACCUUCGCUUGGUCUCUCAAGUGGAAUACAACCAAGCGAUCCAUUCCAUCUUCACCAAGAAGGGUCGCACUUCCUGGAACCAUCUCCUCGACCCCGCAAAGUUUGGCUUUCCCGCGCGCUCCAAUUUAGACCUUGACGCAUGGAUGGUCAAGUGGACGGUUGAUCUCAAAUCAAAUUCCUCUGGCCAUGUGUGGUCGUCCAAGUCCACGUUGUUGUACUACCAUUUUGCCAAGAUGUACAUCAAUUCGCCCGACUUCCAAGAGGAGACGAGUCCAAACCCCGACACUUUGCUCAAGGCGGAUGAUUCGGAUGACGAAGAGGACAUGCUCAUAGGCUUCAAUUCGGGUAUCAGCAAAGAAACCGCGUCCGAGCUCGGCGAACAUAUUUCUCUUUCUUCGGCUAAGCUAGUCAUUAACACCGUGUGCGGUGACAAAGACAUUCUGACAGCACUAAAGUACGUGCCAGUGCACAUCUACGUGAUGGUGUACUACGCAGCGUCGCUUCUCCUCAACCCUUCGGCUGAGCAGAAGGAGAAGCUCAUCCUGAGUGAGACGGAACAGCAGGAGUACUUCCAGAGCUUAAAGUCGAUUAAGCUCUUGCUCAAGGUCAUGGAGCAGAACCAGCCAGUGGAUGAAGCCUUGGGGAAGCAGUUGGUAGACACCCUUCAAGACUUGUUCAACAACCGCAUGGUGGAGCUAGAAAAGCAGUUGAUGGACCAUGCUAACUCGGCCAAGGUGGAGGAGAUAAUUAGUGAUAACGACUUCAGCGACCAUGAUGUGAAGCUGAAGAUUGUGGCAUGGCCGGGAUACGACCACGGGCAUCCAUAAUGCAUGAGCAGCCUACCCUAUACUGUGGGCUAAAUUAGCCUUCAAACACCUAUGCCUAAGUCCUUAUAAGGUUAUAAAGAUUUUAUUUCGGGAUUCAUCUUGUGUGAGUAAUCCAGUCCAAUGUUUUACGGCUAUUCGAUGGCGUUGGUCUGUCUGCACACACAACUACAAUAUUAUACGAGUUGGUACAGAAACUGCGUCAUAAUAUUUUUCGAUUUUAUUCCUAACCGACUCAAAUUCUCUUUGAUUGUUUAUCGUCUGGAAUAUUAUCAAAUCUUAAAGAUAUUUAUGAUAUGCCCAGAUACUUUUGUAAAGGUUGUCCAACAUUCGAUUUGGGGCCGUCCGGACACAGUAGCACUCUUUUACGAGUUAUGGUUUUAUCCGAUAAAUCUAUCCUGUUUAUACCC